AGUGGUCGUGGGCCACGCGGCUUCCGGCCGUGGGGUUGUGGUCGGGGCUGGGUUGCUGGGGCGGCUGACCGGUGCCGGGGCCCGGGCCGGGGGCUGGAGCGCUUAUGGCGGAGGGCGGCGGGCCCGACGGGCGGGCCGGACCUGGGCCCGCAGGUCCUAAUCUGAAGGAGUGGCUAAGGGAGCAAUUUUGUGACCAUCCACUGGAGCACUGUGAGGACACGAGGCUUCAUGAUGCAGCGUAUGUGGGGGACCUCCAGACCCUCAGGAACCUGUUACAAGAUGAGAGCUACCGGAGCCGCAUCAAUGAGAAGUCUGUCUGGUGCUGUGGCUGGCUCCCCUGCACACCGUUGCGAAUCGCAGCCACUGCAGGCCAUGGGAACUGUGUGGACUUCCUCAUCCGCAAGGGGGCCGAGGUGGACCUGGUGGAUGUCAAGGGGCAGACUGCCCUGUAUGUGGCUGUGGUGAAUGGGCACCUGGAGAGUGCCCGGAUCCUCCUGGAAGCUGGCGCUGACCCCAACGGAAGCCGUCACCACCGCAGCACCCCGGUCUACCAUGCCUCUCGCGUGGGCAGGGCCGACAUCCUGAAGGCUCUCAUCAGGUAUGGGGCUGAUGUCGAUGUCAACCAUCACCUGACUCCUGACACCCGGCCCCCUUUCUCAAGGCGGCUCACCUCCUUGGUGGUCUGCCCCCUGUAUAUCAGUGCUGCCUACCACAACCUGCAGUGCUUCAGGCUGCUCCUGCAUGCAGGGGCAAACCCUGACUUCAACUGCAAUGGUCCUGUCAACACACAAGAGUUCUACAGGGGAUCCCCUGGGUGUGUUAUGGAUGCCGUCCUGCGUCAUGGCUGUGAGGCAGCCUUCGUGAGCCUGCUGGUAGAGUUUGGAGCCAACCUGAACCUGGUGAAGUGGGAAUCACUGGGUCCAGAGUCAAGAGGCAGAAGGAAGGUGGACCCCGAGGCCUUGCAGCUCUUUAGAGAGGCCAGAAGUAUUCCCAGGACCUUGCUGAGUUUGUGCCGUGUGGCUGUGAGAAGAGCUCUUGGCAAAUACCGACUUCACCUAAUUCCCUUGCUGCCUCUGCCAGACCCCAUAAAGAAGUUUCUACUUCACGAGUAGAGUUCAGAGGGGGCUGCUAGCAGCGAGGAAGACAGCAAUCUCAGUGAUAGCUGAUGCAGACUGGGCAUCCCAUGAACCACAUUCUGUGCUGCUGACUUGACCUGGGCUGUUGUUGAAGCAGAAAUGUUCUCGUUCUCAUGGAUUGUAUGUAAUUCCAUCUCAGGUGCUUGGGCCAUUGAAUGGUCCUUGGGUCAUUGUCAACCGAGAACUUCAUACAAAAUUUAAUUUUGUUUUUCCUGAAUAUCUCUGUUUUGGAUUUUUGCACUUGCAUAUUAAUGAGAUAGGCCAUGAAGUGUGUAAAGUGUGUGCUGAGGCUGGAGGCCUGUGACAUCCCCAAGUGGGGAAGACUCUUAGCACUUUCCAGAACUGUGCCAUUUAUUUUUCUACUUUGCAUCUUAAUUGUUCUAUUAAAGCCUAUAUCUAAAUGCAAAUGGGGUUUUGGUAACAAAACAAGUGGGGAGCAGAAACACAGUUCAUGAAGUUGCUAGCAUAUUUUCCCACUCCUGGGUUAAGCAGUGUGUGCAGUCAGCAUGCACACACCCUCCUGGGCUACUGCAGUGUUCAGUGCAGUGAGUUAUCUUCAUUCUAGGAUAGGUUCUAGCUGCAUACCCUGUCUGCUAGCUUCGUGUAUGGAGGUCACAGUGCUGUGUCAUCACACAGUACCUGUUCUCACACUUUUGUGCCUCACAUCACACUGACAGGUGGCAUGAGGGUUCUGUCUUUUCACUUUAGGGAGCUUCCAGACAGUGAUUGAUUUUCAGAGGCCUACAUGGAACUAGCCAUAAAUGACUGCUUGCAUUUUGACCAAGGACCAUCCCAACAGCAUUCACUGCCAGUUCUAAUAGAAGAUGACAGUGGAGUUACUCUCUUCAGUCCCUUAAAUGUCAGAAAGUGAAAAUUCAGGUUUGUUUUCUGAGUGGUUCUGAGCUUUUAGUUGCUUGGUGUCCACAAAACAUCUGGCUCUUGCUCUUCCCUUUUGGGGGCCUAAAUGUCUUGGUGGCUGCUUCCAGCAUCUAAGAAGGGGGAUAGAGUGAGGUCAGAAGUCUAUCCCUGACAUGCUCAGGGUUAGCAGUAGAUGAGAGAGAUGACUUUGCAGGCACCCUUGGCUGUGUGGAUGGGGCUUGCUCUCCCACUCAGGAUUGUGCAGCCAGGUGUGCAGGUCAUUAGCAGGUGGCCAAGGACUGCAGCACUCCCAGGUUGCUGCUGUUUCCAGUGAAAUCUUGUUUUGUCAUUUGAAGCCUCUGAGAACCAUUGUAUGGGUCUGUGGUGAUUCUAAGUUUUAGAAGUGCUUAGUAAUGAGCAGAUUUCAGAGCUCUUAGAUUUUUUACCAUAAGAGAAAUCUAACUUGCAAAAAUUAAACUGAUGAUAUUUUGUUAAUUAUUAGCAUCAUGUUUUAGCUGAACAGACAGGCAGUGUAUGUUCUACCUUUAUGUUCUGUGGCUUGAGGAUGGAGUUCUAAACCCCAGCCUCCAGGGUCAUAGGCAGGCUCUGUGCAGGAACACUGAGCUGACCUGUGUGUGCCUGCAGGUGGAUGAGGGGGAGCAAAGCUGCCAGUUGGUUCAGAGGGGAAACAGUGGUUGGAGCAUUAACUCAGCUUAGUGACUUGGCUGAGGGCUGGGACUCUAUGCUGAAAGUGUGACUGGGUUCCUGAGGCCUGGGCUGGCCUCCAUGUUGCUCCUGUGGGUGGCUUAGGCUUUGGUCAGAUUGAGGUCAGGAGAGCCUGCCCAGGAGUUGGCGUGAUGGGGGCUGUGGCCUCUGGAGCAUGUGCUGCAGGGCUCAGCCUGAGAUGGAUUGGGGUGUUCUUCACUCAGGCUGGGACUAGGACCAUAGCUGGACUGUGACUGGGCCAGUAGCUCUCAGGGGUUAGGGAGUGAUUAUGUGGAGACUUAAGCCACCUGUGGGUAGUCUGACCAUUCUGGAGGGGUCUCUCUUUACUGGAGAUGGGUCAGCCUUGGCUUGUCACCUUGGUAGCUUUCAGGAGUAGGUAGUUAAGUCAAUUCACUUUGAGCUCUUGACUGGGUAGGUUCCCAACUCUGCCCUUUGCCUCAGGAGAGGAGAGAGCAGGCUUUCUCUAGGUGGGCCAGGCUUACAGCACAGAGGCUGCUCCGCUGGGUGCUUUCUGUGAGGGCCUGCCCGUGAUAGGAUGGUGGCUCUGUUCUCAGACCUUCUGAAAAGCAACAUUGUGAUGCUGCCUGUGAAGGAGUUGUGAGUGCUCUAGCAUGACCUGUAGGCUGUGCAGAGGCAAGGACCUAGGCCUGGCAGAGUAUGUGUUUUCCCUUCUUGCUGAGUGCAGAGCUUGCUUCUGGGGUGUGGAACCAUUUUCCCAUGGUCUCUUGAAGAAUGUAUUGAAUUGAUCCUUGUAGUUGGGCCUUGUGUAGGUGUGACUGGGGAGUAAUAUGUCUAGGAGAGAAUGAGCUGGGCCAGAGGCCUAUUCUUGGUCUUCCCCUGGCAUGUGUUGUAUUCCGUCUGGCCUGUAGGUGGCUAGGGUCACAGCUUUCCACUUGCAAAGUGAUCAGUUUUCCAGUCAGCUUCCCUUAUAAGUUUUUCAGAACCACAGCACUUUGAGGUUCACCCUCUUGUUUGAAAUUUCAUAGCUGCCAAACGUGCAUCUGAAAACCGCUUGGCAGCUAACUAAGGUCAUUCCCCCUUACUUCUAGUGACGCGUACUUUACUAAAGUGCCCUUGUCUUUCUUGUCAAGGGCACAAGAUAAGGAAGUUCUGACAGGGUAGCCUUCCACGUGAGCACUUUCUGGAUCAUGUUUCUAAGCACUGAGCACUAUAUCCCACAAGGAUAUGUGGUAGUACUUGGUGGGGCUGCUGCACCUACCCAGAGCUGUCCCCAAGAGAGGGGCCAGUGGCCUAGAAAGAAGGAGCCUCAGCCCAUCCUAGGAGUGUCUGUCUGACUGUCACCACUCCCGGGGCCCCCACUGGCCCUGAAAAGAGCAUGUACCCAGAGUCUUGGCUGUGGUGAAGAGAUGGACCUGGCAGGCUAGGAUGGGGUAAUGUUGAUACCUCAGUUAUCUUUGGAGUCCUGGGGUUUUAGGUCUGUUUCCAGAAGUCCUGUGACUUUUUUACUUGUGUUGUUUAUGUAUUAAUUUAAUUUAUUUAUUUAUACUCUGCCUUGUUCCAGAAAAGGCUUAAGGCAGAAUGCUUGUCUAUUGGUGUUCUGCUUGAUAUUAGAUAAGUUUAGUCAAAAUAUACUUAUUAAACAGGUAAUUGGUACUUUCCUAAUGUUGACUAUGUUAUCAGGCUUCAGUUUUUUUUCCUUCUUCUGUGAAUUGAUUCUUUAUAUAAACAGCAGCAUUCAUCAAACAUAGGCCUGAGCUUAGGAAAACUGCCUGAGAGUAUGCUCCAACCUAUGCUCUGCUGCCACCCGCCAGUGUGGCCUGGCAGGUCCCUGGGAGCCGUGGAGGCUCCACUUUAGACAAGAAGAGCUGCCCACUGUGCCUCUCCCAUGGGAUUUGGUGAGGUCAUGUGACAUGUGCAUACAAGCACUUUGUAGAGGAGCAGUCUCUGGCACAUGGGAACUGCUGUUUUUGUGACUGUUGUCUCCAUAGUGGAACUGCAUUUGAGGCAGUGGCAGUUCUAGAAGAUCUUGCCUAUGACGUGAAGAUCCGGGCUUGACCUUGUUUCCCUAGUCGGGCAGUGGGGUCACUGUUGCCCACGGUGUGGCAUUGGGCAGAGAGGGCUCUACGCAGGUGAGAAGUAUAAGGACAACUUAGAGUCAAAUUUAUUCAACCAACAGGAUUCUCUUUAUUCUGAGGUCAUGUCCUCCUUUCUAAUUGGAUGGUAGAAUGUCCUUUUCUAAAAUGAAGUGAUGGUAGAGGGCAGUGUUUUUGCUUUUUAAAAUGCCAUUGGUGGUAUUGGUUUCUCUUUGUCAAUCCCCAAAAUUUCUUUUUAAGUUUCCCUGUUGUGGGCUGGUGGAGUGGCUCAAGCAGUAGAGCACCUGCCUCACAAGCAGGCCAGCAGUGGCCUGCUCUGCCCGGUGGUAUCUGUGUAGCACCCAUUGCUUUGUUUGGGUGUUGGGCACGCAGGUGUGAUGUGUACUGGAGCCCAUGUGCCUGAGACAGGCUGAAGAGAAACGCUCACUACCAACCGUCAGUUUCCCUUUGCUUUGGUGACGAGUGUGUGUUUGUCUGUAGUGGCUGUUAUCCUGACUUUUGCCUAGUUAAGAGCUUUCAGAAGUACAAUGGAAAUUUUUGAUAUGUUAUUUAUAACUUUAAUAAAUGCUCUUUUCCCUUCUAAUCCCCCCCCCAAUGCCUUAAGAAUUCUGUGGACUGUGUAUCUUAAUAGGUAGAAGCAUUAUCUGUGUGCAAACAUGGCGCGCACAGUUGAAGAAGAAAUUGGCUUUAUGUUUCUACUUGCUCUGUGGACCUUGGGGCUCCAGGGAUGGACCCAAAAUGGUCUUAGACUGCCUGACAGCCUGUUCCACUUAGUGGCCAUGGUUUCUGGAUUGAAGAGAGUCGUGGCCCUAAAAGUGUUGUAAUCUCCAGCUUUCCAGCUGACAUUGUAUAGCAUUUUGUGAGGUGCUGAGGUGAUGGGAGGCUCUCAUUUCUGGCCUCUGUUAUAUGUGACUUAUCUUGCAAGUGGGAGGGUGAAGGUGUGGAGCUUUGGGAUGAGCCCCAGAAUGAAUGAAUUGAAUAAAGAUAUUUAUUCAUCUUGAGGUGCUCCCUGGCCUGUCCUCUGUGUCUGCCCUCUGAGGUGUUUUCUUCGUCCCUCAUACCCUCCUGAGCUUUGGAAAGCAAGAACUCAUCACAGGCUGCCUCAGCACUUCUCUGUUGGGUUUGUAUGGCAGAGGGUACUACUUUGCAUUCACCAUUUGCUCCUUCAUCUGCAAUAAUAGAACUCUUAGUUUGGGGAUGGACACUUAGGUUCUCACAAUAAAGGCUGUACU